UUCCACUUGUAGACAUGAUAAAAUAUCGGGUUCGUCUGUCGUAGACCGAGUCCCAGAAAUGAAAUGGCAACAUCGGUUUCUCUCUCGUUUUCAUCUUCGCUCCUUCCCUCUCCUCUCCACCAUAGCAACAACAGUAACACUAACACUAGGACGCAUCAACCAAAACUGAGACUUGUUCGAUGUGCAUAUUCUGCUUGCUCUGCUACUUCUGUUUCCUCUCCUAAAAAGAAGCACUGGAAGCAGGGCGAAUUCCCUGGAACUACUGAAUCUUUCGUUCCCAGGAGAACACCUCUCAAGAAUAUCAAAAAGAAAUUGGACCGUAAGAACAAUGCCAGGGCCUGGGUCAACACUGUCACUGAAGCCUUGUCUGAUCGGAUCCUCAAGAAGCACUGGUCCCAAGCCCUCGAGGUGUUUGAGAUGCUAAGAGGUCAACCCUUCUAUUACCCGAAAGAAGGGACCUACAUGAAACUUCUAGUUUUGCUGGGGAAAUCUGGCCAGGCAAAUCGUGCCCACCAACUCUUCGAUGAAAUGAUUGAAGAAGGAUUGGAACCCACAGCUGAACUCUACACUGCGUUGCUGGCUGCUUAUUGUCGCAACAAUCUCAUCGAUGGGGCUUUUUCCGUUCUCAAUCAAAUGAAGUCUCUCCCUCGUUGCCAGCCUGACGUUUUCACCUAUAGCACAUUACUCAAGGCUUGUGUUGAUGCUUCAAGAUUUGAGCUGGUGGACACUUUAUACCAAGAAAUGGAUGAAAGAUUGAUCACUCCAAACACAGUCACACAAAAUAUAGUUUUAAGCGGAUAUGGGAAGGCAGGGAUGUAUGACCAGAUGGAGAAAGUGCUAUCUGGGAUGCUAGAGAGCACAGGGUGCAAACCUGAUGUUUGGACCAUGAAUAUCAUCCUCAAUGUGUUUGGUACCAAGGGUCAGAUUGAUUCUAUGGAAAGAUGGUAUGAGAAGUUUCUCAAUUUUGGAAUUGAACCAGAAACUCGUACUUUCAAUAUUUUGAUUAGUGCCUAUGGAAAGAAACGGAUGUAUGAUAAGAUGUCAUUGGUAAUGGAGUACAUGCGCAAGCUUCAGUUUCCUUGGACGACCGCAACUUACAACAAUGUGAUUGAGGUUUUUGCGGAGGUGGGGGAUGUUAAACAUAUGGAGUAUACAUUUGAUCAGAUGCGAGCAGAGGGAAUGAAAGCAGACACCAAUACAUUUUGUCUCCUUAUUAACGGGUAUGCCAAUGCAGGUCUCUUCCAUAAGGUAAUUAGCAGUGUUCAGUUGGCUGCGAAGUUUGAAAUAUCUGAGAAUACCAUGUUCUAUAAUGCUGUUAUUUCUGCAUGUGCAAAGGCAGAGGAUUUGAUGGAGAUGGAGAGAGUUUUUAAGCGGAUGAAAGAUAAUCAAUGUGAACCAGAUUCAAGAACCUACUCUAUCAUGGUGGAGGCAUACAAGAAGGAAGGUAUGAAUGACAAAAUCUAUUAUUUGGAACAGGAGAAACAGAGGAUGAUUCCCAGUGGCUCUUUAAGUGAAUAGAUCAUUAGUGGGCUGUUUGAUUGCUGAUUGACAGCUUCUAGCGCAGGUUCUAGUUUGUGCUAGUUUCACCCCUUAAGUAAAUAUCAAACGCACUUUUUGCAAGGAGUAGCUCGAAUGCGGAGCUCAACAAUUCGAUACUGGAUGGUAACGAUACUUGGUACCUUUCAGGUUGCUUGUUCCUUAUGGAUUAAUCCAAUGUUCCAUGCAUGUGUAAGAUGUACAACAUUCUAUGCAUACGCAAAUUUUUUAGGACAUUUUUAAGUACAACAUGGAAUGUGACACUUCUCUUGCUCUUUCUGCACAA